AUGGCAAAUCUUCGAAAAACCCACCCCCUCCUAAAAAUUGCAAACGAUGCUCUAGUAGACCUACCAGCCCCCGUAAACAUCUCUGUUUGAUGAAACUUUGGCUCCCUCUUAGGCUUGUGUUUAAUUGCCCAAAUCCUAACAGGCUUAUUUCUAGCUAUACAUUAUACUUCCGACAUUUCUACAGCAUUCUCAUCAGUUGCCCAUAUCUGCCGAGAUGUAAAUUAUGGCUGACUAAUUCGUAAUAUACACGCCAACGGGGCCUCUUUCUUCUUUAUUUGUAUUUAUCUUCACAUUGGACGAGGCUUAUAUUACGGUUCAUACCUUUAUAAAGAAACAUGAAACGUAGGUGUUAUCCUUCUUCUCUUAGUUAUAAUAACUGCCUUUGUUGGUUAUGUUCUUCCCUGAGGACAAAUAUCAUUCUGAGGGGCCACCGUUAUUACCAAUCUCCUGUCCGCCGUCCCUUACGUAGGAGAUGCACUGGUACAAUGAAUCUGAGGUGGCUUCUCAGUUGAUAAUGCUACAUUAACCCGAUUCUUUGCCUUCCAUUUCCUCCUCCCAUUUGUCGUAGCCGCUGCAACCAUGGUCCACUUAAUUUUUCUACAUGAAACAGGAUCUAAUAAUCCCACAGGCCUGAACUCCGAUGCCGACAAAAUUUCAUUCCACCCUUACUUUUCUUACAAAGAUAUUCUAGGAUUUGCCCUCCUUCUAGCAACCCUAAUUUCUUUAGCAUUAUUCUCUCCUAACCUUCUUGGAGAUCCAGAAAAUUUUACCCCAGCUAACCCAUUAGUUACCCCUCCACAUAUUAAACCCGAAUGAUAUUUCCUCUUUGCCUACGCCAUCCUCCGAUCUAUUCCUAACAAACUGGGGGGAGUCUUAGCCCUUCUAGCAUCUAUCCUCAUUCUUAUAGUAGUGCCUAUUCUUCAUACAUCUAAGCAACGAAGCCUAACCUUUCGACCUGUAACUCAAUUCCUAUUUUGAUUAUUAGUAGCAGAUGUCGCUAUCCUUACAUGAAUUGGGGGCAUACCUGUAGAACAUCCCUUCGUCAUCAUUGGCCAAGUAGCUUCCUUCCUGUAUUUUUCUCUAUUCCUAUUCCUCUCCCCUGCCGCAGCGUGACUAGAGAAUAAAGUCCUUGGAUGAUAA